AUGAAUUACGCUUAUCGUCUUUUGGACAAUGUUAAAUACUUUUAUAAAACACUCAAUCCAGCUUCACUUUCUGGGGCAAUUGAUUUGAUUGUUGUGGAGCAGCCGGAUGGAUCAUAUUUAUCAACACCAUUUCAUGUAAGGUUCGGAAAAUAUGGCGUUUUAAACAGCGACGAAAAAUAUGUGGAUAUAACAAUAAAUGGCAAAGAAAUAGAUUUAAAAAUGAAAUUGGGUGAAAAUGGUGUCGCAUUUUUUGCCGAACUGACUACGGAUGCUGAUAUUCCUGAAUAUCUGGUGACGAGCCCAGUCCCAGGAAGUAGCUAUGCUCCAGUUGACGGGAAGGAUCUUGCUGAUAGGAUAGAAAAAAUCCGACGAGAGCUGUCGCGUUCAAGAUAUAAAAGAGCACUUUCAGAAUGUUCCAGUUCCCGUUCACAUUCUUCGCAUUCACGCGAACAUUCCUGUGAAUUAGACAUUCAACGUAGAAAAACACUUCCAUUCAAUGCAUCACUGUUUAAUCAACGUAGGAAUCGAUCUUUACCGAAUCUUACUGAAUUUGUUGACGACCGACAGCAAGAACAAACUAACAGAAUUAUGGGUAAUAAGAGGCAGUUAAUGUACUCUCACGCAUUCGCUGCAGGACACACUCCAGCUUGCAACUUUCGCAAAAAAUAUACAAACGCUUGUACCAAGCCAAUGCGUAAAUCAUCAAACUCAACAAAUGAGGAAAGUGAUGUAGACGAUGCAGCAUCAACAGUUUCCAUUGAUGGAACGGAUCAUUUGCAAGUUCCUGGCUUGAGAAUGAUUGCUGAUGGUGCAUUUUCGGAUUCUGAACUUGAACGACAUCGAGACAUUCCCGAACCACCCGAAAAUGAAGUAGUGGUAUGGAAGUGGGGUGAGCUGCCAAGAACACUUGAAGAGACGGAAAAAGCAAACAAGAAACAAGAUGAUACAAAAACUGAACAAGAAAAGAAGGGAUCUACAUGGGGUGGAUGGUUUCGGUGGUCACGUACCAAACCGACAGAAGAUCAGGGUGUCUAUUUGGAUGAUCUUGUACAGAAUGCCGAUGAUCCCAGUAAAAUCGAAAAAUAUCUAGGAAUGUCGCCUCCUACUGUGUGUCCUUCACCACCCAAUGACAGUGGGAAUGGUUCUAUAACAGGAUUGAAUUCUCCUACUAAAGUAAGUGACAAUGAAAAUGAAGUGAAUAGCGAAAUACGGAAACAAGAACGAACUUCGACACCAACAUCCGAGGGCAAGAAACAUACAGUUCAUGUAAAUUUAUCGGACAAUCAGCAUUCUUUUCGGUUUUCCGAAACACAUGAGUCGACAACCGAAGCACACGGUUAUGAAACAAGAAAUCAUGCUCGCAGCGUAACUCCCUCCAGCGAUAUCUUUCCUAUGAGUGAUGACGAAAUGGAAAGUGCAGCACCUGUGUCCUCGAAUCCAGAAACCACUGUGGAAUUCCCAAAAUACAUUCGUUCUUUGCGACUUUCCAGUGAUAAAUUAAAAAAGUUGGGGUUACAGGAGGGAGCGAACGAAGCAAGAUUUUCGAUUACUACAAAAUUUCAGGGUACCACAUGGUGCAGUUGUCAUAUCUAUCUAUAUAAAUGGACUGAACGUUUAGUUAUCUCCGAUAUAGAUGGAACCAUAACGAAAAGUGAUGUAUUGGGACAUGUUAUACCAGCUAUUGGUGGUCAAUGGGCUCAUGCUGGUGUCGCAGAACUGUAUACUAGGAUCAAAGAAAAUGGUUAUCAGUUGGUCUAUUUGUCUUCUCGAGCUAUAGGACAAAGUUAUUCUACAAAAAAAUACUUGCAAAGUAUUGCUCAGAACGCAAAAUUUUUACCUGAUGGACCAUUAUUAUUAUCGCCUACAUCUGUACUUAUGGCUUUUAGAAGAGAAGUUAUAGAUCGCAAACCAGAAGAAUUUAAAAUAGCUGCUUUGACAGAUUUGAAGGAAUGCUUCCCGGUAAAACGCCCAUUUUACGCUGGUUUUGGAAAUCGUGAAACAGACGUGGUAAGUUAUCGAGCAGUGGAUAUACCUGCAGAUAGAAUACUGAUUAUUGAUAAACAGGGUCGUGUUAGACGUGCUGAUUCCAUUGGUUUUGAAACAUCGUUUAUGUCAUUGGCAAUGGACACGGUUGAUUACAUGUUUCCUCCACUCACCCGUCGUCGAAACGAUCGCCAAAAACUGAACGAGCCAAUGGAAAAUUCAUUUCUUUUGGCGCCAUCAUUUUAUAAAGCGCAGAGUUACAGUGAUUUUACUCACUGGCAGUCAAAACCGGGUUGUGCUGUUCGCUUAAAUGACAGUACAUUAGAAAGUUACGAAGCGAAGAGGAAAAGUUUUCGUGGAAAGCACAAGAAGAAAUGA